AUGGAUCAGAGGAAGGCCCUGUUCCGCGCCAAGCUCCGCGAGGCCAAGGAGAAGCAGGAGAAGCGCAUCGACCCCUCGCUCGUCAGGUAUAAUGAAUAUGAUCAGCCCAUCUGUAGGGUCUGCAACGUUACGUUGAAAUCCGAAGCACUUUGGCCUGCGCACCAGGUUUCACGGAAACAUCAUGAGGCAAAAGCCGCUGCAGCCGCUAAAGUUACACCAGCUGCAGCUCCUCGUGGCAAUAAUGUCAGUCAUGAACGACCAGCUGAGCCUCAGAAAGCAAAAUCCUCUCCGAUGCCUGCCAAUUUUUUUGACAAUCAGGGAACGAAAAGGCAAAGUGAUGGUACUGGUUCUGAGGGAAGGUCUGUACGUCAUCAAGUGGCUAAUGCUCAACCAGCAACCAAAGAAGCAAGUGCAAAUAAACCAUCUGUCAGGAUGGACCAAGCACCCAAUAAAGGGAAUAAAAGCAGUACCGACGUGAAAGGAAUUCUUCCAGGGAAUUUUUUUGAUUAUGCAGAAGAAGAUGAAGAUGAAGUUCCAACUCCUGCUCCAGCUCCAAAGGAGCCCAAUAGGACUUCGGGCAAUACCACCAACCCCAAUCCCGUGCAGGUGAAAGGUGUCCCAGAUGGCUUCUUCGAUAGCAGUAACACACAGUCCAGUGAAACCAGUGCAUCGUCUCAAGCGGCGAAUAAUCUGGAAACUGCUCAAGUAAAAGCUCUGCCCGAAGGAUUCUUCGAUAACAAAGAUGCGGAUCUCCGCGCACGCGGUAUUCAACCUCCAAAAGUUGACAUCAACGAUGCAUACAAAGAAUUUGAAAAGGAAAUUCAGGAAGACCUCCAGGAAGUUGAUGACCGCCUCGAAGAAGAGGAGAUUGAUGCUGCUGCUGAGAGGGAAGAGUACUUGACCUUAGAGCAAGAGGAGUACAGGCAGCGAGUAGAUAUGCUGAAGAAACAGCUCACCGAGUCAAAAGCCGCACGGACUGCUAAGGCGAACAGCAAACCCAUCGGCAUGGACACGGAUUCCAGCGCCAGCGACUCAUCGAGCGACGACGAAGAAGACGGCACAGAUUUUGCUGUUGACUGGAGAGCGCAGUAUAUGAAAUGA